AUGACCAAAUUCAGAGGGUGCAUUGACAUUCAUGCAGGGCAGGUUAAGCAGAUCGUGGGAGGAACUUUGACUAAAGACGAUGUUUCACCCACGGAUAAGGCACAGGAAAACUUUGUGUCCACCAAACCAUCUUCGUACUAUGCUCAGUUGUAUAGAGAGCAUAACGUUGAAGGGUGCCAUGUAAUAAAACUUGGGACAAAUCCUGCAAACAACGAGGCCGCUCAAUUGGCUCUCGAAACGUGGCCUAAUCAUCUUCAAGUGGGCGGCGGUAUUACCAUCGACAACGCUGACGCUUGGCUCAACAUGGGCGCUAGCCAUGUGAUAGUGACGAGCUGGCUCUUUACGAAAAACACCCACGAUGAGUGGAAUCUAGAUAUGGAGAGGCUCAUAAAGAUCUCAAAUAAGAUUGGCAAAGAAAAUCUUGUGGUGGACCUCAGUUGCCGUAGGGUGAUUGGAGACGACGACGAGAUCUCGUGGUUCGUGGCUACAAAUAAAUGGCAGACGAUCACCAAGUGCAAGCUUAGCAGUGAGCUUCUUGAUAUGCUAAGCGAGUUUUGCGAUGAGUUUUUAAUCCAUGCUGCCGAUGUAGAAGGGCUUUGCAAAGGCAUAGACGCCGAGUUGGUGGAGAAUUUGGGUGAGUGGUGUCCUAGAGGUUACGAGGGAAAAAUCACUUAUGCCGGCGGAGCCAAGCUGGCUCUGGACUUGGCACUUGUAGAGCAAUUGAGCCGGGGCAAAGUGGACUUGACAUACGGUUCGUCGUUGGACGUUUUUGGAGGAGACCUUGUCAAACUUUCCGAGGUUCUCGAGUGGAAUGAACGAAAGUAG